GAGGUCAGGCCGUCUUUCAAUCCGUUCAAUCAAACGGAGAUGGAGUGUCGGUGGACGUCGCCGGUGGCGGUGCCCGGUGUGCUGCUACUUCUGCUUCUCAUAGGCGCGGUCGCCCCGCUCAAGGACGUGCACGUGGUGAUCCCCAAGGCCGUGAGGCGCGGCGAGGACGCCACGCUGAAGUGCGAGUACGACUUGGAGGGCGAACGGCUGUACCAGCUCAAGUGGUACAAGGGCCAGGACGAGUUCUUCCGCUACACGCCGGGCGAGGGCGAGGCGCCCUUCAAAGUCUUCGGCCUCAAAGGCAUCAACGUUGAUAGGGAGCGCUCAAGCAGGUGGCACGUGACGCUGCACAAGGUGAACAUGUCCGCGGAGGGCCGCUAUGCGUGCGAGGUGUCGGCGGACGCACCGUCCUUCUCCACGUCCCUGGUCGAGGACCGGCUCAUCGUCGUGGAUUCGCUGCUCGGCCAUCAUCUUUGACGUGUACAACAUGGUGGACGAGAAGACCGUCGAGGUGCGCCUGCCCAACCUGUGGGCGCCCAACGUCAUGGAGACGAACCAGCCGCCGCGGGAGCCGCCCUACGACCAGGACCCUUACGGCGACCUCGACCACAAGCGGCCUCGGUACCCCGACGACGAUAACUCGGCCGGCCGCAGCUCCGUCUCGGCCUGCUUGACCGCCCUGGCGCUGCUCGUGGCCACCGUCGUGCUGCGGUGAAGCGGCCUUCCCCGUGUCUUCUCCCUCCGACUGCAGACGACGCCGACGGGACGGGACCGAGGCAUGCCGCAGCCGCCGCCGAGUGCAGCGACCUCCUGGAACUGCCUCUAUCUGUCUCACCUCUGGAGACACUUCGUCUCCGUCUCCUUCCUGGGCGGAGCCGCGGCUCGCGCGGUGCGCCCGUUCCCGCGGUGAAUAGACUCUGGCCCCGACCCCGCGACGCGGGUGAGCUAUACUUCCAGGAAGUCUUCCCCGCCAGGCAGCCGCGCUGCUGGUCCCGCCUUAUUGCAGUUCAGCAGCGGCUGCCCGAACGUGAAUCUGAAUCUGUCGGCGAAAAUAAUUAGGAGCGCCAGGCCGCCGGUGUGUUCCCGCCCGGCGGCACACAGUGCCUGGAGUAAAUUAUUCUAAUAGCCUUUCUUCGCCAAUAAACACAGUUGUUGAGACGGCGGGUUGUAAAUAUAGUGCAGUUUGCGAACAAAGUGGCGCUAGAGCCAGGGUGGCUGUUGGCGAGGGGAGGGGAAGGGAGGUUUUAGUUGGCAACCGCCGAGUGCGGUGGCUGUUCGAAGUUGUGGCGCUGUAAAUACUAUACUUUGAUCUUUCCUGUGCGGAGAAAUUUUAAAUUUUGUUAUAAAGUGACGCAUUCCAUGAGCCAGUUUUAGGUUUUUGAUUUUAAAUAAAUUUGUGUUAAAAAUAUUGUUAUUGAUAUAUGGUAAGUCGAGCUAUGAUUGUGUUUGUGAUCAGAGGUGGUUGAAAAUCUAUCAUGGGUUUCCCUCGCACCUCUUGCAUUCGCGAAUUGUGCCUUUCUGCUGUCCAAACAGAUUUGGCGAGAACGUCGGUCAAAGAGAACGCUAUGAAAGGGGAGCAAAUUGCUAAUCUAAGGUACAAAUUACGUGUUAUUUUAUUAAUGUUGUAAGCCAUAUUCGUGCCGUGAGGCUACGCUUAGCAUUGUUUAGGGAGCGUUUAGUACAGUUUUGAGAGUUGGAAAUGUCUCACAGAAUUGACGUGUCCACAAAACUUCCCCCAAAGUAUUUUUUAUCUGUGCGCUUUCGUGGUAAUUUUUUGACGUGGCCAAUCGAAGUGGAAUAAGGAAAUACAGCACCUGUUGUUCCCUUCCUUCGAAUAAAUGUUUUGACACUUCCUGCUGUUACGGAAGUAUUUUCCUUUACAUUGUUUCGUCUGCAGCGGCGUAUAAAAUGCUUACCGUUAAGGUAUACCUUAUAGCAUAUAUGCUAUAAAAAGUAUAAGCUUCGGUACUUAGAGGUCAGGUGCUAUCUUACUAUAAAUAAUUACUGAUAUUUAUAAUAACAGCUAUUUUUUGUAAACUGGGACUGUUUGCCAUAAUAUUUAUGUCGUGUGUAUAUAAAACAAUUAUUUGUGAUUUCUUGUACAUAUGUACCUUGUACAUACAAUUUACAAAUGUAUAUUUAUAAAGUACUUAAAAUAAGUCUACGUUGUUCACUUUUCUUUUUUGUAACUAAAUAGUUGAAUGUUGUAAUGAAAUUUUACUUUCUCGGUAUGUUAAUUCCAGAUGUCUUCACGGCGAACGACCGCGCCAUCUGCCUCGUACUUUAACUCGUAUUUACGACUUGGUUUCCAAACGUGUACACGGUAAAAAAGAACAUCCUGGAAUUCAAGUAGAUUCCUUGAAAACUGUCUUGAAAACCAAGUAGAUCGCUUGAAAUCUAAGAUGUCAUUUUUACCGUGUAGCAGGUAGCGCGGUAGCCCCCGUCGCGGGUUCUGAAGGGGCCGUCGCGGCGACCACCGCGUCGUUUUGAUGAGAACCUGACCCAGUUGCACUGGGAGCAGGACAGGCGGAGCAAGGUCAAUCUGAUGUGUUUCCGGUCGGGCCGGGCCGGGUCGGGCCGCUGUGUGGCCACGCGGCCGCGGGGCUUGCGGGCCACGGCCGCACAGACCAUCAAGCCAUUCACUUACGAUCGUCCUCGCCCUGCCGUCAAGUCAAUAUUUUCUUUCCUUGUUGCACACUUUUUUUUUCGGUUCUUGGAAGGACACUGAAUUUGUGACAAAUAUGUUAUCUCUUGAAAUUUUGUUUCUCUUUUAUUUUUCUGUUGUAGACUGUACGUAUUUUUUUCAGUAAUUUCCUCGAGGGAACAUCUUGUACAUUGUAAAAAACAAAAGUAAAGUAUGAUGAUGACUUAAAGUUCUAGACCGUGUAAAAAAAAGAAAAGAAUGAAUGCGGAUAUGAAAUGAACGGUAGGGACAAAGGUUCACAAUAAAGUAUGAUUGUUUAGUUCCAUCAGAA